AUGCUUGAACGUACUGGAAUGAACGCGGCCAGGAGAAUAUCUAUGUGCGUUGAAGACGACAAAAAUGGAGAAUCGCGGUUGGUUGAUAUUGAUGAUAGAGAAGAGUACUUUGUGAAACCAUUGUAUACCUACUACUGUAAUUGUGGUCAAAUGGCGAUGAUCAGUGAUUGUCUGCUUAUUCGUAUGCCUCUACGAAAGCGUGAUGGUGCCCGAGUUAUUGACCCUGAGAGAACUAACAGCAAAGACAUUUUCUACACAAGGCGACACUGUGUAUGUGCAAAGCUGGUUAUUCUAUUUCGGGAGCAUUGCUCUGCUCAGGAAGUUGGUGGAUUCAGCGGAAAUAAUGAAGAGCAAAGGGCCAAGAAGAUUAUUAUGAAGAGGAAUGUUAAAAAUCAAGGAAAAAUGGGAUCAGUCACUGUUUCUACGAUGGAGGAGAGAAGAAGAGGAAUGAGGAAAUCGAGGCCUCGCGAAACGGCGGAGUCCUACUCGAUGAAUGCUCGUAUUGUUCGAGAUGCCUUGAAGCGAAAGGGAAUGAUCAAGGAUAAACUGUUAGGCAGAGAAAUCUCUGGCGGUCCAGCUCCUAAAAAGAGGGGAACUCUUUUGUGA